UAAUAUUUGUUUACUAAAAACUGCAUUAACAUAAAUAUUGAUUGAUAAAUCUCCAAGUGAAGCUGCAGAAUGGAUUCCGAUUUGUAUGAUGAGUUUGGAAACUAUAUAGGCCCCGAUCUGGACAGCGAUGAGGACGACGACCAGAGCAUUUAUGGCCAGCCUGAUGUGCCGGAUGAUCAAGAUGAGGAUGCCAUGGAUGAAGAUGAAGCAGAGCCGCAGGAUGAUGAGGACAAGGAGGUGACGGCCGUAGUGUUGCAUGAGGAUAAACGAUAUUAUCCAUCGGCUGUUGAGGUGUACGGGCCCGAUGUGGAGACGAUUGUGCAGGAAGAGGAUGCACAACCGUUGGACAAACCGCUCAUUGAGCCCGUGAAGAAGCUCAAGUUUCAAAUCAAGGAACAGGAUUUGCCCGAAACUACCUACGAUAUGGAAUUCAUGGCUGAUCUAAUGGACACACCACCACUGAUCCGAAAUGUAGCACUCGUUGGCCACUUGCAUCACGGUAAGACCACAUUUGUGGAUUGCCUGAUCCGCCAAACGCAUCCGCAGUUUGAGAAUAUGGAGGAGCGUUCCCUGCGCUACACGGACACACUGUUUACGGAACAGGAGCGCGGUUGCAGCAUCAAGGCCACUCCGGUCACCCUCGUUCUGCAGGAUGUCAAGCAGAAGAGCUAUUUGCUGAACAUUUUUGAUACGCCCGGUCAUGUUAACUUCUCCGAUGAGGCAACGGCUGCCAUGCGCAUGAGUGACGGCGUUGUGCUCUUCAUCGAUGCCUCCGAGGGAGUCAUGUUAAAUACGGAACGUCUUCUAAAGCAUGCCGUGCAAGAGCGCCUGGCCAUUACAGUGUGCAUCAAUAAGAUUGAUC